AUGAACUUUUUCAAAUUGUAUAAGUCUCUAUCUCGCGUGGCUGUCUAUCCACUAUUUUAUGUGUAUAUGCUUCUGGUGGGGAAAUCGUCCCGUCGUCUGAAACGGAAACGGGUGCCUCUGGCUCCGGAUCAGGUGAGGGCGCUGGACGGCCCCGGUACUGUACUGAAGUGGCUUCUUCACUCCAGCACAGAAGUAUUCUGGUGCGCCUCAUCUCUAUCCCAAGCAGUAAGGCUCGGUAGAGCUAGUUUACUACUCAGGGAAAGGCUGCGGAGAAGUUCUUACGUCUGGCAUGGAAUCCAAGGGAAUGGUCUCUUACAAGGGUGCCGGUGGCAACAAGGGAAUGGUAUUUAG